AUGGCUCAGUCUCUUGAGGCCAAGAUUGUGGUUCUGGGGUCGCAGGGCGUGGGGAAGACGUCGCUGGUUCAUCGCAGAUAUGUGAAGAAUCAAUUCCAGCCCGCGAGCACGAUGUCGACGGUAGGAGCGAGCUUUCUCACGAAACGCGUGGUGGAUGAUGAGAGUGAUACGGUCGUGCGAUUGCAGAUUUGGGAUACGGCUGGACAGGAGAGAUUUAGGAGUAUCUCGAGACUUUAUUACAGAGGUGCAAACGCUUGUAUACUCUGCUACAGCAUUACCGACACGACGAGUUUCGAAGAAAUGGGUGUUUGGUUGACCGAACUCCGCCGCAACCUCCCCCCGGAUAUCAUACUGCAUGUCGUGGGCACGAAAGCGGAUUUAGUUACAAGAGACCCGUCGAUAAGACAGGUGCCGUUUGAACGCUGCAUUGCGUAUGUUGCGGACAAUCUCGCGCCUGGCAUGUCGUCGACUCCGCCUGCUACUGCUACGCCUGGUGGGGUUCUUGAUACUGGCGGAGGGGGGAGUGCAUACCGUGGAUUCCUUGGGCAAGGAGGAGGCCAAGCUGCUGCGUUGGAUGGCGCGAGGAGUCCGAGUUCGAAGAGGAGUAGUGGCUUCUGGGGUCAAGAGGUUGGAUGGGAUUGUUGCCAUGAAGUCAGUGCUGAGAGUGGGGAGGGCGUGGAGGAAGUGUUUAGGGUUAUUACGAGGAAGCUGGUCGAGCAGAAUAGGAAGAUUCAGGAGCAGUUGAUGAAUGCUACGCAGUCGCCGUCUCCAGGGGAGCAGAGUGGAGGGGAUUACUUUGAUCGGAUGAGACCUGGUGGGAGUUUCAGGGUGGGAAGAGAUAGGAGAAGCUGGUUUGGCGUUCCGGUUGAGACUUAUAUUGAGGAGGCGAGUCCGGAUGGGCAGCCGCCGCAGGUGAAGACGAGGAGGAAGUGUUGUUAG